AUUGUAUUUAGAAUGUCUCGACAGAGGAAAAGGCCUAUCGCGUACGUUGUGGAGGAGCUGGAUACCUUUGAUGCAGCUGGCUCCUCAUCGCAGGAGAAUAUCAGCAUUGGAAAUGCCGUAGACGAUAUCCCCAUGGAGCCGAUGGCUUUUCUUCAAGGUCUAAACUCGGGCAAUUUGAUGCAAUUCAGCCAGGAAUCCAUUUUGCGAGAAAUGAUGCUGCAGAAUAUCAAGACACAGAUAAACUCGUUGCCAAAAUUGGAGAAUCACAACAAUGAAGACUAUAACUUCAGCAUGGUACUGGAGGAGCCGCCAAAGUCGCACUGGAUGUAUUCGGAGCCAUUGAACAAGUUGUACAUUCGCAUGAAUAAAACGUUCAAUAUUGAUGCUACGUUCAAAAUCAAAAUGCCAAUUCAACCGCUGAAUUUGCGUGCGUUUCUGUGCUUCGUCAAGGAUGUCAGUGGUCCUGUGCUGCGCUGUCAGAAUCACAUGAGCACAGAUCCCAUUAAGGAUGAUCCGAGUAAGCGGGAAAGCUUGCUGCGCUGUGAGAAUCCGAAUGCGACGUAUUGCGGCACGGCUGAGGGGAAAAGUAUUGGCGAAAGAUACUCCGUACUUGUGCCACUGAACAUGAGUCGUCCUAGCCAACACAGCGGCGGGCUCGUGCGCCAGACGUUUGUGUUUAGUUUUUCGUGCCAGAAUUCGUGCUUUGGCCGCAAAGAAACUUGCUUAGUGUUUUGCUUGGAGAACAACAAUGGCGAUAUACUCGGUCAGCACGUGUUGCUUUUGAAGAUUUGCACGUGCCCGAAACGCGAUCGUAACAUGGAUGAGCGGCAGCUGGAGAAAAACAAGAUCAAGUCAUUGUCCGCUGCUUCGGAAGAUGAUGAGGUCGAUGGGCCGGAUUCCAAACGAAAAUACCGUCGCACAAUGACCCAGGACAUUAAAGAGGAAGUCGAAAGCAACGACAGCCUCGAUAUGCCAUAUGUGCCUGCUGAUUGGCAAGUAUCGCGCACGUUGGACGGCGACUAUCGUUUGGUCAUCAAGUGCGAACAGAAAGAUAUGCUAUUGCAGAGCAUCGAGGGUAUUAUUGAGAAGGCGGCCGUUGCCUCGCUUCGUAAUCCACAAAGUCCAAAGCUGCGUCAGCAUGUGAAUAAUUUGCUGAAUUUAAAAAAAUGUGCGCAGAAGUUGCCUUAAUGCGGAAUAUUGACAGUACAAUAAUUAGUAUUACUUGAUUGGAAUUAAGUUUUAAAGUGUUUUAAGUGUUUUAUCAUUC